AUGAGCUGGAAGCCCACUGUGUCUUUUGAGCUGGAAAUGCAGUGCCCAUGGGUGACAGCCUCUGUGGGCGAGGCCAAGAGGAAGGAGUAUGAGUGUCUUGGUGUGCCAGACCUCUGUUCCGGAGGCGAGUGCACCAGCACAGGUGGGAACUAUGCAUGCACCUGUCCCUAUAGUUUUAGCAGCAGCCUGGAUGGCACCCACUACUUGGGUGAGCCGGGGACUAAGGGGCUGGAGGGAACCAAGGCAGACAUCAACAAAUAUACCCUUGACCCUGACAUCUGUGCCAAUGGUGUGUGUGAGAACCUGCCAGGCAGCUACUGGUGCAUCUGCCACCUGGGCUAUGAAGCAGGCACUGCCAGUGGGGAGUGCACCAAUGUGGAUGAGUGUGACCUCAACAGCCUCCUGUAUGACAACAGGUGGUGCCAGAACAGCCCUGGCUACAGCUGCUUCUGCCCCCAGGGUUUCAGCUUCUGGCUGGGCACAGAGACUUGCGAAGACAUCGACGAGUGCCUGUCCAACUCGUGUGUGAAUGGUGCGUGCUGGAACCUGGCUGGCUCAUACACCUGUGAAUGUGCCCCUGGCAGCCUGCUAAGGCCCUUGGGCACUGUGUGCAUAGGCAGCACCAAAGGCACCUGCUGGCUGGAAGUCCAGGAUAGCUGCUGCAAGGUGAACCUUCAUGGAGCCACUCUGUGGUCUGAGCGCUGUGCCACUCCAGGGGAUGCCUACCCUGCCUGUGCACAUGGCUUUCCCCGCAUGAAGGGGCUCACCUGCAAAGACAUCGAUGAGUGCUGUACCUCCCCCGACCUCUGCAGCCAGGGUGCCUGCGCCAACAUCCUGGGCAGCUUCCAGUGCGAGUGUCUCCAUGGCCAUGAGAGUGGCUUCAUGUUGCCAGCCAUGUGCUACGUGGAUGUUGAUGAGUGCACCCUGAAUAAUGGGCUGUGUCCCCAUGGCCAGUGCAUCAACGUCAUUGGCACCUUGCAGUGCUCCUGCCAUGCUGGCUUCUGGAGCACAUUUGACCACCAGGCUGCAGGACUGAGACUGCAUCCGCCUGCCACACAUGGAUAUCACCCUGCCAACAUCAAUGGAUGCCUCACUGGGAACGAUGGGUGUGCUUGUGGGUGUGCCAUGCACUGUGUUAACACUGAGGGCAGUUACCAAUGUGGCUGUGGACAUGGCUUCUCGCUGAUGCCCAAUGGGAGGCCCUGCCCCUGUCCUGCUGCCCCAGACAUGAACGAGAGUGACGAGAACCUGGACAUCUGCGAUGGCGGAUAGUGCACCAACCUCCCAGGGGGUCAGCAUUGCUUGUGCUAUGAUGGCUUCAUGGCCACACUGGACAUGAGGACAUGUGUUGAUGUGAACGCGUGUGACCUGAACCCCCACAUCUGCCUCCACGGACUCUGUGAGAACACAAAGCGUUCCUUUGUCUGUCACUGCCAGCUGGGUUAUGUCGUCAGAAAGGGAGCUACAGGCUGCUCAGAUGUGGACGAAUAUGAGCUUGGAUGACAUAGCUGUGAUGGCCAUACCUCCUGCCUCUACUUCCUCUGGAGUUUCAGCUGCAGGGGGUUGUGGGUCCUGUAUCCUGCAAAUCUGCAUGAAUGCACCUUCCCGGAGCACCAGUGCAGUCUGAGCACCACCUGCCUCAAUGUCCCCAUCUCCUACCACCGUGCCUGCCACCUGGGCUUUGCUGGGGACUGCUUCUCCUGUGAAGAUGAGAAUGAAUGUGUCCUGUUGCCCAUGGCCUGUGGCAGUGCCUCCUGCCACAACACGCUGAGUGGCUUCCACUGUGUCUGUCACUCUGGCUUUGUCUUUGACCAGAACUUGGGGUGCUGCCAGGAUGUGGACGAGUAUGUGACACGGGGAACCCUGUAG